AUGGAUCUAGUUCAGUAUUCCGAUUCAGAAUCGGACGAGAGCCCACAGACAAAAGCUCAGCCAGUGACAACUCCCGUUCGUUUGCUGAAGCGACAGCGAACAGAUAGCGGAAAUAAUAAUAAUAAGGAAGGUGAUGGGAGAAGUGGGAAUUCUGUUUUACCUCCGUUGCCUGCUGAGUUCCUUGAUCUCUAUGCAACCAAUUCGCGCGUUAGCGUCCAGGACGAACCCAGUCUCCAUGACGGGCGCAAACGUAUAAUUCCCCAUGUUGUUGGCAACUGGCCCACCCAUAUAUAUCUCGAGUGGUACCCCGCGGCUCCAGAGGUCUCCACUUUAGAAGACGUAAUUUCUCGGUCUGGACAUGAACUUCAAAAUGGAUUGGAAAUCCAUAGCCUGCUGUUUAGCGAUCUGGGUGCCCAAAUGCCGCUGCACAUUAGCCUUUCGCGCCCCGUUGCGCUUGUGACGGAUGACAGACAGCCGUUUAAAGACAUGCUAAACGAUGCCAUACGUGACUCUGAUAUUCGUCCGUUUCGCGUGUCAACGGCUGGGUUAGACUGGGUUUCUAAUUUUGAGAGAACGCGGUGGUUCCUCAUUUUACGGGUUGUAAAACCAGCACACAAUGAGCUGAAUCGCCUGCUGGUGAUAUCGAAUCAGAGUGUUGCUGCUUUCCACCAACCUCCGCUGUAUCAAAGCCCAGACCCUGCAAAUACGCCCGGCAGGAAACGGUAUAGCAAGAAACCCCGGGCCCAACCAGCAACUUCCGACCCUGUCGAGGACUUUUCUGACUACUUCCAUAUAUCUAUCGCGUGGAGCUUGACAGAACCAUCAGUGGAGGAUAAGCAGCGGGUUGCUUCCGUAGAACUUGGAAAGCUCAAGGAAGUUGAAAUCCUUUUUCACAGUGUGAAGGUCAAAAUUGGGAAUAGAGUUCACAAUUUGGAACUUCCAACGCUGAUUCUCGAUGAAAAUGGGUUCUGUGGCUUGUAA